AUGCAAACCUCGGCCAAGCUCAACGAGGAGAAGGCGCCCGGGUGCGCGGACGGGUGCAAGAGCGUGAUAACCUGCUGGAAGCCCUGCCUCUACUCCCAGCCGCAGAUCGCGCUCGCGCCGCUCGUGAAGACACAGGCCGCGUGCGUCACGGGCGUCAAGGAGCCGCAGCCCCUGGCGUACGCGCCGGGCACGGGCCGCUUCGUGAUCGGCUUCUGCGGCUCCGGCACCGGCCACCUCACUCAGUCGCUCGCGGUGCUGCGCAUGCUGCAGGCCCGCGGGAUGACGCUGGCGGGCAUCGUCUUUGACACCGACGCGACUCAAAAGAUGGAGACGCUCGAGCCGCUGGGGGUGGACCCGAAGAAGGGGAUGGUGCCGACGGUCGUCACGCUGCACUCGGUCAUCACCGGGGUGCCUGCGGCAGUCACCUCCUUCUCGUCGCGCCUGAUCCUGUGCUACUUCCUCGCGCAACCCGACGCGGUGCGGCUCGAGCGGCUGCUCGCCCAGUUCUCAAUCUCGGGCGUCGAGAUUCACUGCUUCACGACCGCGCCGCUCACGCCGCCGGCGGGGCGACCCCUCGCGCUCGAGUCGCACGCAAAGCAGCGCGCCCUCUUCAAGCACUACUUUGACCGCUGCACCGGGAUCAUCUGCUCGACCGGCAACGAGACCAUCUGGGAGGCCGUCUGCCGCGGCGUGCCCGUCUUGACGGUGCCGACCAGCGGCCACCCGGAGCAGAUGAUGAAUGCGCGCAUCCACGGGCGCGCCUUCCCCGCGUCGGUGCGGGCGGUCUCGCGCGUCCGCAUCGAGGACGUGCGGUGGCUGGUCGACUUCAAGCCGUCGGAAGAGAGCAUCGCCGAGAGCAGCGCGCUCCGCGAGCGCGCCACCACUUUCGACGCCGAGGGCGCGCGGCUGCUCUGCGGCGCGUGA